AAAUAGAAUUACAAGAGUAUGAAUCAUCGCGCAAAAUGCGCACGCAUUUCGCGUUUUCUACGCGCUGACGAUUGACGAGACGACUCCCACGCGUACGUAUGUACGCACGUACACCGUGUGCGCUUGACAUCGCGCGAUUCAUUCGGAGCGGCGGGGAUGACGAGUUUUGACUUUUUUUUUUCCACGUGAAACGCAUCCCGCCCCGCGGUCUCUCCGCGCGUCGCGUGUGUUGCGCAACGCGAGGUGCGUCUCGCCGUCGUCGUGGUCGUCGCGCGUCCCGUUAGCCGCCGCCGUGCGCGCGGAAACGGUGAGUUGUGAGUUCUCUACAGUUCUCUAUUAAUAUCGAUGUCACGCGCGCACAACGGCACAACGCCGAAUCGUCAGACAAAUCCCAGUCCCGGACGUUGAUGAGAGAUAGAAGGAUGGAGGGCGAGCAGCAUCACUAUGAGCUUCGCAGCAGGAGCAGAUCGCGUUCCCAUACGCCUAUGAUCCCGAGCCGUCCACCGCCGGAGACGGAGGUGACAGAGCGUCAUUAUGAUCUCAGGAAUUGGAGUCGAGAGAGAUCGCACACACCGGGAGAGAUAACCAGUAGCAGAAGAUCCGGCUCUCGGUCGUUAACUGGCAGUAUGAAGACGCAUGAAAAGAAUAUGGAAAUUAUAGAAGAGACCAAGGAGGGAUCUGUCACAGAAAGUCUGACAGAUAACCAAAGCACAAAGUCCGAGAGUUCUGUCGUCGUUACCACAAAAAAGGCAGAACGCCGGUCAGAACGCCAGCGGGUCAAGAGGCAAAUAUUUGCUAAUGGCCAGAGCGAAAGUAAGGAGGAUAUAUCUGAUCAGAAAGUUGAGCGAAGGCGCAAAAGUAUCACACCACGUAAAGUACUUACCAGCGACUAUUCGUCCGAAGAGGGAGAAAAGGAGGAUCCUCCGAGUAGAUUGGGGCGCAGAGCUCAUGAGAUUUACAAACAAGCUGGUGACUGGUGGAACGUUUUCCCAAAGACAGACUAUACGUAUUCACCGACGUCGCAGUGUCGUUACGAGAUAGCCCCAGGUAUAUUAGCUAUGCCUAAUAUGUCGCGGAGGUCUAUACGCACGAACGAUAACGGAAAUACUGUAAUCAGUCGUCAGAAUUUAAGUCAGGCUUCCCGAGGGACGACAGAGAGCGGAAUCAGUGACAUGGAUACGGUUGAUUUGAAAGAAACGGCCUCUUUAAUUCAUUCGGAUAAUUACGGUACGUCACACGCGCGUAUGUUGGAUUCUACAGGAAGAGCGACGCUAUACAAAAAGACACACGUAGAACAGUACACGAGUCACAAAGUAAUUUAUUCAGAGCCUAAAUAUUCUUCAGAUUUUCGGUCAAGAUACUUAUCCUAUGCUCCUUCAUUUGCAUCUCGUGCUGAUUCCGAUACCGAAUUGGAUGAGACUUUUGCAAAAUCAGCAGUUAAAACUAAACAAAGUUGGAAGAUCGUGCAAUGGCUUAUGUAUUUUACAAACUUCAUUGUCGCCUACUUUAAAAAAACUGUUGAAUUCUUAAAGUUUAAAUCGGAUAGGAAAAGGCAGUAUUAUGGUGCACAAGCUUAUCGAGUAUCCAAUGUAUCCAAAUGGAGCACAAUGUGGCAAACUCUGGACCGUUAUACGCACAAUAUGUACUUUUUCUUCGUUAGAAUGCUCGUACUCGAUGCCUGGCUGUUGAGUCGAUUCACUGGCAUUAGGAAGUGGCUACAAGAGAGAGGCCCGAGAAUUCUUUGGAUUACGCUUCUACCGUUACUUCUUUUAUUUGGUGGUUGGUGCAUAGCACAAUAUUCGUCGCUUUUUUCUAAUGUUAAAUCCGCGCCCGAGACAAUGGUGAAAACGUCAUUACUUGACGUACAAUGGGACGAACGUAAGAAUAAAAUUAAUGAAGAAAUAUUGAUGAACAAUGAGAUUAUUAAAGAAGACUUCGUUAACAAAGCUGAUUUGGUUAAUAGGAUCGAAAUGCUCGAAAAUAAACAGACACAUCAAAUGGAAUAUCUUAUAAAUAUUACUCGGACUUUAGAAGAUCGCAAAAAAAGUGAUGCCAAUUUUCGAAAGGAAUAUGAUGACAAAAUUACUGACGUAGAAAAUAAAUUGGAUGUUAAUGAACUGAAAAAUAUAGCAUACAGUGAACUCAAAGUUAUCAAGCAUGAAUUUGAGGAAUUACGGAAAUUGUACUCGGAAUUAAAAUCUUGUUGUAACGUCAAUGCAAAUCAGGAUGUGGAGCAGCACGUGGAAAAAAUUUUAUUUAGCUACUUUCCUUCCGGAAUUUCGAAAGAAGAUCUCAUGAAAAACAUGCAAAUUUUACUUGCAUCUCAUAACAAAGAAGAUGAAAAGAUCCUUAAUGAUGAUGCAAACAUUCAUGUCUCAGACGAGCACAUACGCAAGAUAGUGAAGGAAGUCCUGCGAAUUUAUGACGCAGAUAAAACGGGUCAAGUAGACUACGCUUUGGAAACGGCAGGGGGUCAAAUUAUUAGCACGCGGUGUACUCAGCGAUAUGAUAUAAAAUCAAGAGCCUACAGUUUGUUUGGUUUUCCACUGUAUUAUGAAAGUAAUGAUCCGCGAACAGUAAUACAGGGAAAUCCGAUACAACCUGGCGUUUGUUGGGCCUUUCAAGAUUUUCCCGGAUACCUCCUGAUACAAUUGCGAAACGUCAUUUAUGUAACUGGUUUCACUCUGGAGCACGUCUCUAGAUUGAUUUUACCGAAUGAAAACAUGUCAAGCGCGCCAAGAAAGUUCAACGUCUGGGGAUUAUUGAGUGAGAACGAUCUCGAGCCUGUGAUGUUCGGAGAAUACGAAUUCACAAAUUCUGACGAAAGUUUGCAAUAUUUUCCAGUGCAGAACACAGAGAUUAAUAAACCAUAUGAAUAUAUAGAAUUGAGGAUACACAGCAAUCAUGGACAAUUAGAGUACACGUGUUUAUAUAGAUUCCGCGUUCACGGCAGACCAAUUUAGGAAUUGAUCACGCCAAGGUUCCUCUUCACAAAACAUUCACAAGAUCGUUUGAGCAAUAGCAAGAACGAGCCAUUCUUCUCCAAUACGUGCCUUCAUUUACCGUUAACGAUAAAUAUAAUAAUUGACGCGAUUUGCCGUAGUAUUUUGUAAUUAUACUUGUGAAUAGAUUGAUUAUUUAACGUUUUUAUAAUAGAUUUUCAACGAAACGAUCAAAACACAUCAUAUACGCGCGCCGAUAUUUAAUACACACGGAAGUCAUUUCCGUCACCAUUUAAACGCGUUGAACGUUGUAUAUACAUUCAAUAACGUCAAUAAUUUAUACUGAUCGAGAAGUUCGCACGACUGAUUGGAUCAAGCGGAAAAACGGUCAGGUUAUUUACGAUUACCUGACCGCUGAUGGUAUUUUACAAUUAUUGCCUAUAUAAAUACAUUCACUAUAUGGCCUUGCUAUAACAGUUACCCGAAUCAAGCACCUCAAAAGAAAUGAUUUUGUACAUAUCUCUUGUUUAACGAUACAAAAGAUCGAUCGGUAAAGUGAGAUAGAUAAUGAAAAUUGGAGUAAAUAGCAUAAUUUCAUAGGGAAUCUCGGGAGUGAGAAAGUGAGUGACAAAGAGAGAGAGAGAGAGAGAGAGAGAGAAUUUGCCUGUGUUACGCGUCAUGCGAAUAACCGUUUUUGGCAGCGUCACAUGCAAGACUGACACUUCAAAAGUUACCCCAAAGUUGAGUGUGAGUCAUAAUAUUCGCAAUAAUGCGACAGUACAAAUUGUGUAAGGGAUCGUAACGAUCAAUUAAUUCUAGUACCUACUCUAGUUAAGUGCUACUUUUUAAGCGUGUAACACCGCGAAUGGUCUUCGCCACCUUUGUAAGGAUUCAACGGUUAAAAUUUGUGAGCGGUAACACACAUCUCCAUUGUAUACAUAUAUUUAUAAGAUAUUUAAGUAAGUUCUCAUUAAUUUUUUCUUUUUUUAAAAAUCGUGAUGCAUAUGUUUCGCUUCGUAAUAUUUAGUAUCGUUGGCGAUGGGUUGAUCCUUCGCCACGUCAAGAACGCGAUUAUCACCGCGUUUUUUUAAACCACCCUUCUGUACGCGCUAGCCGCAUAUUUAAGUAAAAUUUGCAAAUAAAAAUUUUGUUUCACUCGG